GGCCUUUAACGUCACAUGCGCAAGCUUGUGAUGGAGCGAAAUACAGGAAACAAGAAGGAUAUUGAUAUUCUUCUUCUUGAACUGUUGACAUUUCCGACCGUUAUCAAAGAUGUUUUGGUUUUGCAUUUCUGAAGUAUUUAUCAUUUAAAGUUAUGUGGUUUUAAGAUUGCGUAGACAGCCCACACGUACCGGCUGCAUCGAAGUGAAUCGGCAGUUAAGUGCAUUAAGAACCACCUGGAAACUCGAUUGGCAGAAUGAAAGGGCUGUUUUGCAGAUUAAGUGAUUCGGAAGAAGUGAAGUUUGUUAUUCAGGAGACUGAUGUGCCCACCACCAUUGGAAACCACCAGGUUGAGGUCCAAGUAAAAGGCUGUGCUCUAAGUCCAGUGGAUAUUAAACUUUACAAUGACUUGAAGUUGCAGAGGGACACAGUUCCAGUAGGAAGAGAGAUUGUGGGGACUGUUCGUCAAGUUGGACCCAAGGUGACUUUUUUCCAACCUGAUGAUGAGGUUGUUGGUAUUCUUCCAUUGGAUACUGAGGUAUCUGGCUUAUGCAAUACCGUACUCAUUCAUGAACAGUUACUUGUCCCAAAGCCUGAGAAAGUGAGUUGGGUGUCCGCUGCAGGGGCGGUCCGUGAUGGCCUCAGGGCCUACACUGCCCUUCAUACUCUGGCCCAUAUGGCUGUCGGUCAGACACUGCUAGUUCUGGAUGGAGCCAGUCCAUUCGGUGUUCUAGCGAUUCAGUUGGCCCAUUACCAUGGGGUAAAGGUCCUGGCAACAGCCCAUUCCCCAGACGACCUGAAGUUCCUGGAGCAGCUGCGGCCUAGUGUGGCUCGGGUGAUUGGUGUGUGGGAUGCCAAGGUGGAUCUGGUGGAGUCUUGCCUUGAGGAGACUGGGGGUUUGGGAGUGGACAUAGUCAUUGAUGCUGGAGUGAAGCUUUACGACGAGGAACCGGAAUCACAACAGAAACAGCAACUUCCACACAAGCAUGACAUCAUCACCUUGUUAGGAGUUGGAGGUCACUGGGUGACCAUGGAGGACAACCUGCAGCUGGACCCUCCUGACACUCACAGUCUCUUCCUGAAGGCCGCAUCUUUGUCCUUCCUGAACGACGAGGUGUGGACAGCCUCUGCUGCUCGCGAGGGACGAUACCUCCACAUCCUAAGAGAUGUAAUGGAAAAGCUUUCAACUGGAACAUUCAGACCUUUAGUGGAGGAGCCUGUGCCUUUGUAUGAAGCAACUGUGUCUAUGGAGAUGGUUCAGAAGAAGCAGGUGAGGAAGAGAGUAGUGGUCCAGCUAUAAAGAACUACACUUCCCAGCAUUCCAGAAACAACUUUUCCCCUGCAUACAGAUCAUGUCUUUAUUGGCCAGUCAUUUUUUUUUCCGGAUAAUGUUUCCAUUUAUUUGACAGAUGCUGUCAGUUAAUGUACUGUUAAAAUGUUUUGCUACAUUUAUGUUAUGAAACAUUGUAAUAUUAUAACACUUUGAUGAAAUUAAAAUUGUUUUCAGAAUGUGAA